AGUGCAAUGGUGCAGUCUCGGCUCACUGCAGCCUCGCUCAGGAAGCCCUGGAAGCUCGACCGUCAGAAACUUCUCGUGACUCAGGCCAGUCUUCUGUGUGGCUGGUCUCCAGGAGGUAAGGCCAGCCCUGCGGGUGACACUGGUGCUUGGGCUCCUGCUAAGCAGUUCUUUCCUUCGAGUAACAGAACCAGGGAGGGAGGUGGGCUGCGGCCUCCCCUGCCCCUACGGUCGUCUCCUGCAGCUCCCACCAUGCUGGACUCAUCAGCAGCAGAGCAAGUGACCCGACUGACGCUGAAGCUCUUGGGACAGAAGCUGGAGCAAGAACGGCAGAACAUGGAAGGGGUACCUGAGGGCCUCCACCUCGAGCCAGGAAAUGAGGACCGGCCGGACGACGCCCUGCAGACUGCUCUGAAGAGAAGGAGAGACCUUCUGCAGAGACUCCGGGAACAACACCUCCUGGAUGAGCUCUCUCGGGCCCAGGCCUGGAACAGGGCAACCAGAGGAGCCCUCGGAUCAGCCCUGCCCCCUGAGCUGCCCCCCACGGGCAUCCUACCCGCUGCUUCUCCAUCCCCGCUGGCCCCAGACCCGCCAAGGAUCAUCCUGCCUACGGUCCCCCAGCCUCCUGCCACCAUCAUUCAGCAGCUCCCUCAGCAGCCACUCAUAGCACAGAUUCCUCCUCCCCAGGCCUUCCCUACUCAACGGUCAGGAAGUGUUAAGGAAGACAUGGUGGAGCUGCUGCUGCUGCAGAGUGCACAGGUGCACCAGUUGGUCCUGCAGAACUGGAUGCUCAAGGCCCUGCCCCCAGCCCUGCAGGACCCACCAUGUGUGCUCCCGGGGGUCCCACGAGCUGCCAGGCCAAGGCUGCCCGUCGUGCACCACCACCACCACCACCAUGCAGCGUGGCCACCUGGGGCCGCCACCGUCCUCCAGCCCGCCCCCAGCCCAUGGACGCCCGGCCUACCCUGAGUGGUGGCGCCGGCCCACCUGGGAGCCUCAGGCCCCCCUCUUCCAUCACGGAGGUAAAGUUGAGGCCGUGGACACCACCAGACUGAUGAUCCUGAAAUAAAGAUUUCAUCCGGAAAGAGUUUAAGAAAACCUCAGCUCAGGAGCCAGAAUCAGAAAGAUCAAUAGCUUUAGCCACAUGGAAGUGUAAACAUCCUGAUGGAAAAAAUACCACAAAGUCAAAUUUAGUAACUAUGGACACCCAUUUACCACAGCUGUGGAGCAGACUCCCACUAAAGAAGUAGCGGUGCAUGGGUCAAUGCCUGUAGUCCCAGCAUUUCAGAGGCUGAGGCAGGAGAAUCACUUGAGCUCAGGAAUUCGAGACCAGCCUGGGUCACAUAACAAGACCCCG